AUGCCACCACGAACGCGAUCGGCCCUCAAGGCAGACCUGAGGAAAGAAGAAAAGCCUUCCCCGAGUCCGUCCGUUUCCGAACCUUCAGCGGCAGGGCUCACUGGGCCUACACCCCUCCUCCUUCCAGAUGAGGCUUCCUGGCACGACUGGCUGAGUACUUCCCACCGCGAGUCGUCAGGAGUAUGGCUGAAAAUCGCCAAGAAGAACGCAGACAAGCCGACCGUGACAUAUGAGCAGGCUCUCGAGGCGGCCCUCUGCUUCGGCUGGAUCGACGGCCAGCGCAAAGCCUUUGACGAGCAGCACUUCGUCCAGAGGUUCACCCCGCGCAGGAAGAACAGCAGGUGGUCGAAACGCAACGUUGACAAGGCCGUGAUGCUGACCCAAUCGCGGCGGAUGACGCCCGCCGGCCAGGCCGAGGUGAACGCCGCCAAGGCGGACGGCCGGUGGGACCGGGCCUACUCGGCCGCGAGCGUCACCGAGGUGCCCAUGGACUUUGAGGAGGCGCUGAAGGAGAACGACGAGGCCAAAAAGUUCUUCGACUCCCUGGGCAAGACGAAGCGCUAUGUCUUCCUGUGGCGCAUCGAGACGACGAGGCGGCAAGAGACCCGCAAAAGGAAGAUUGACGAGUUUGUGAAUCUCCUCGCCGAGCAUAAGCUUUUACACUGA